AUGGACGUCACUCAGAAGCCAAUGCCGAACGGAGAGCGAUUGGUGGGGACUCGGCCGAGGGGCGGAGUCAAGAAGGGACGCGAAAAAGUCAGCGAACUUGGCUUCAGUAUUGUGGCCACAGACCGAAGCUGGCCAGGCGUUGUUUGUAAAAUUGCGUCGAUUAUGAAUCUAGGAGUAAGGACGAUUGACCUCUUCCUUUGGGUUUCCCUGUUCGGUAAGUUGAUGGGCUUUAAUGGAUGACGUUUUCUUUUCGAAUCGACAGUUUUGGUUACGGCCAUUUAUUAUGCUCGUACGCUAUCGGGUUUGUUGAUUUAUGAGUUCCGUUUUUUUAUCCAAAAAUAAUGAAUAUUACCGCGUCAAUCCGGAAACAUCUCUGUUUUUGAAAUAUUUUUUGCUAUCCUUUUGAAGAAGGAAUCUUUUCAUGGCAGACACAAGUAGACUUGUUGAUGACGAAGCUAUCGAAAUUCGCAUUUUUAUGUCAAUUUCUGGGACUGAAAUCGUGUUAAAAAAGCUGACGGGCCUGUGUAACAGGAUUUGUUGUUGACCCAAUUUGAACAAACCAUACGUCAAGAACCAAGAAAUAGCUUUCCGAAUUCCAAAGCCAAGCCACUGAAUCACGUCAACUUGUAGAUCAAAGCUUGGCCACAUUCUUUUGGGGUCACAUUCCAUCUUUUCUCGUGGCCCUUAGAAACAAAAGUUGUCAUGAAGAUCCCUCGGGUACUACUUAACAAUGCGUAUUCAUCCCCCUCCUUAACAUACCGCGUUUUUGUUCUUUUCGAAACAAAACGGGAAUCUGAUAGCGGAUGCCGAUAAUGUGACAAAUCAGUAGUUCCUCGGAAAACGAUAACUUUAAUGCAAAAACAUGAGAAUGGGGCUUUAUUGCAUGGUAAUUUCCCCGUUCCUUACGGCGCGAAUAACUUCCGACAGGCUUAUUCAGUUGCGUAAUCAAAUAUUCUGAACUUUGAAUGAGUCUAUUUCGGAUGACAAAAUCACUUUCCCUCAGUAAAUAUGACAUGGGAAAAGGGCAGUUCCUUGUUUUUUCACAACUUGCACAUGUUGUCCAUAAAUAGUACAGCUGUAGUCAUCAAUCAUUUCUUUUACCAUGGUAUUCGGAAUAAAUCAAAUCUUGGGAGUGUAAUGAAACCACGAGACCGAUGCAAAUUAAUUCUCCCCAGGAACGGUUUCAUGCCCUGAGGUUCGGUUCGGUCGGCGAUUUGUUUUUCGUGGAAUGUCUUGGCUGAAUUCCUCCCAAUUCCCGAUAUAUAGCCAUUGGGGAUUUGGCGCUGAAGAAACAGAGGGGGAGGGACCGUAUAAUCGGAGAACAGUUUCAGUUUCUCAGAAAUUUGAUUCCAAAAUGGGAGCAGCAUAAAGUAUUUACGGAACUCAUUUAAGUUAUUGGGUUACCCGCCAUACCCGCAACCAGUAACCCCUUUCAUUUCAGGUAUCCUUACACAAAUUGUCUAUGGUGCAUCAUUUGUUCAGAAUCUUGAAGAUGCCGAAUUAAGUAAGAGAAAGCAACUUUUAUGUUUGAAUAUUGAAAACAAUCUUAAUGAUUAAAUUUUGCAGAUGAAGAAGACAAAAGAGGAGGUGGAAGGGCAUUCCUGAACACAGAUGACAAACGCGGCGGAGGCCGGGCCUUCCAGUUCAAUGACAAACGGGGAGGAGCUCGUGCCUUUGCUCCCGUGGACGUUAAGCGAGGAGGAGCGCGUGCUUUCGCUCCGAUUGAUUACAAACGUGGAGGUGGACGAGCCUUCAGCGGCUUCAAUGGCGGUAACUACUAUCUUCUGAACAAGCGAGGCGGGGGCCGUUCCUUCUAUGGGGGCUUCAAUUACGGUUCGCUGUAUGCGCCCAGCUUCCCGCUGAGCUACGAAAAGAAGGCUGACUACGUACCGUACUAUCUUACAGAGAUGAAACGAGCGGGCGGUCGGGCGUUCCAACCCAAAUACUAUGAUCCCUACUUCUGGUAUGUUGACCAAACCAAGCGGGCUGGUGGUCGCAGUUUCCCGAUUAGCGACGAAUCCAAAGAAAAGCGAAUGCUGGAAGAGCAAGCAGACAGCAGGUUGGGUAUCGUAGUUUCAGGGGAUCUGAUUAGAUCCCUGUGUUCUCACUUUUCUGUCGCUUCCUCCUUCCAGCUUACGCUUUCCGGGGUCCUUUGGCAUAGUACUAGUCGCGGAAAAAAGUCCUGGGAUUUUUCUGCGACUCUGCACUGUGCAUGA